UCUGCCCUCUUCACCUCUUGGCCACUGAGAUUCUUGCAAUUAAUUCAACAAAUGCUUUGACCACUUCAGUACCAGAGGUCAAUAAACACUCAACAUCUGAGCCAUUCAACAGGACACAUUUCCCUUCCCCCCAAAUAGGGACGUCAACAAUUCAACCCAUAGAGUCAAAUGAAUUUAUUGCAACUGGGGUAAAAACAUCUAGGUCCCAGAAUACGAAGGAAACAGUCGAAAGACAACCAUCAGAAAUGACGGAGAAAUUAAAUGCAACUUCAGUAGAGGAGAGUCCAAGUCAAAACAUAAUUGCUGCGAAUGAAAGCACUGGUAAUUCUGUUUCUCACAGUUCUCAUGUGACUCCUCUCCAUCAUCCUGACCAAACCAGUCUGUCACCUGAUAUGACCACAAGUCAACUAUCUUCAAAAUCACUGGUGGAAAACACCAGUACAUUUGCAAUGAAUGGAGAUAAAAAUGUGUCUUCUGUUGGGUCUGACUCUUCCACAUUGAUGCAGACUAUGUCAGGACUGAGGAAUUCCUCAACAGAAACAAUGACUGCAACACAGAUUCACGCAGACUCCACACAAAUUUUUUCGGCCUUGACCACAGCUCCACCAAGCAAGUCUUGGACAAAGCCAGAGUUUAGCUCACCUUUACCAAAUUCAACUGGGAUGGAUGCAGUGUUAUCAACUAAUACCACUUCAGUAACAGUGCAUGAAUCUUCCAGAGCCACACCCCUGGACAAUACACACGUUGUUAACAUGCCCACUAACAUGGUUGUUAAUGCCAUUUCAGACACACCUAACUCCUCAGAUGUCACAGAUCACAACAUACCAGACAGCAUUCCACAAUUAUCACAAACUGAUUUAAUGAUAACAUCUACAGGCAAAUUCCAGGACAAAACAGAGACAAAGGAGCCAAAUGUAACUUUAGACAAAUCUGACAAUGCCUCUGAAAUGGUCACAUCACUGAAUUCAUCGGCUGUGAUUGAGUUGACAGUCAUAAAUUCAACUUUGAUCGCAUCUGCAACAGCAGUAACAUCUGAAUCCACUACUUCAAAGAAAGCCACAAGUACAGCCAAUGUAAAUACCACAUCAACCUCAAACCUCAGAGCAUCAACUGCUGCAUCAAAUGAAAAGGAUGUACCUACAAUGAAUGAAACAUCAGCUCCAAAACAAGCUACUCCUGCUAUGACAGUAGGAUCCACAUCCCCAUCAACUUCAAAAACAACAGAAACUACCAGAUAUAAGAAAAACACAUUACCAACCAAAACAUCUGCAGCGACUGAAUCCACUAAAACUUUAACACAACCGGAAACAUCUGAAACAACACGAAGCAAAACAGUUGGGGCUACAAUACUAAAUACUGUAUCAAUGACUACUAUGUCUGUUCGAACAUCAGCACAAACAACAUCAACUGUGGAAAAACAAACUAUCAAAUCGUCAUCAUCACAAAGAGCCACAAUGCACUCCAUGACAAUAACACACACAGCACCUUUGACAGACCAGUCAAAUAAUGUAAUAAUGGAAACCACAGCUGCAACACCAUCUCAAUCCACUACCAAACGUGCAACAGAAUCAAUUUCAACAGUCAGACAAAACAUAGUAUCUUUAAUUAUAGUCCCAGCUCCAACAGAGAGUUUGCCAUCUGUAGCAACAACAGCAGCCACAACACCAGCUCACACUCUCCUCUCUACCACAACAUACACUACAACACCAACACAGACAAAAGCAUAUGCCACAUCAGCAUCGACUGAUAUUCCAGAACCUGUGACGUCCACCACAACUACAGAACCUGUGGCAACAAUAUCCAAAGCAACAUCUCCAGAAAUUAUGCAAACUACAAGUAAUACCACAGUGCCAGCUGAGGUUUAUUCACCAACAGUAACAGAAUCUGCAACACCAUCACAAAUUCUACAGUCUGCUGAAACACAAAGGGCAUCAACUGCAACAAAUUCUGACACAACCCUCUUAAGAAGAACAACAUCCUUGACAACAUCUGCUGUCUCAAAACGAAAUACACAAUCAGUGGCAGCAGGAUUCACCACCACACCAACAGAAAGUAGAAGAACAGGAACAACAACAACGCCAAUCAGAGCCAUAACAACACGAUCAAUGGCUCUGGCACAAAGUACAGGACCUGUGGUGACAGAAUUGGUUAAAUCACAAACAUCAACAUCAGACUCAACAAUACUACCACCAACAGCUGAAACACAAAGUGCAGGACCAACAACAACAAAUAUGGAAAAAGAAUUCACCACGCUACCAGACCCUUCAAUAUCCAAUAUAACAGAAGAUACCCCAGCUGCGCCAUCUGUAACACCCAAAUCAGUGACUUUACAAACAUCAGCAUUAUUAACAACAGAACAAACCACAAAACACACUGCUGAAUCAACAGGGAUUUACAACACUUCAACACUUAGUGGAUCAGUGACUACAACAACACAAACCACACCAUCUAUGUCAACAGCAUUUACAGCGCAAACUGUUUCCACAACUAUACCGACACAGUCUGUUUCGCUCACAAUACAAGCACCAGCAACUCCAACACAAAUUACAGUUAUAAACAAAAAAUCAACAAAUUUAGCAGAAGCUGUGCCCUCUGUUACAGCCGAAUCGAUGACUUCACAAACAACAUCAGCAUCAUUAACAAUAGAACAACCCACAUCUGCAAAACAAACAGUUGAAUCAACAGCAAUUCCCAACACAUCAACAGACAGUGGAUCAAUGACUACAACAACACAAUCUACAACAGUCAGAACGCGAACACAAUCGAUUCCACUCACUACAGAAUUAUCAACAACACAAACGCAAAAUACAAAAACUGUGGUUUUAUCACCACAAAAUACAACACAAAUUACUUUUGUAACUACACGAUCAGCACAAAACACAGCGGCUGGAACAACAGAAUCAACCACGUCACAAAGACCAACACAAAUUAGAGUUUCAACCAAACUUUCAGCAACUUCAGCAGAAGCCACACCAUCUCUAACAACAGGACCAUCCACAUCACAAACAACAACAUUAGCAUCACUAAAAACAGAACAACUCACAUCUGCAGCGGAAUCAACAGCAAGUCACAGCACAUCAACAGAUAGUGGAUCAAUGACUGCAACACCUCAAACUACACAAUCUAUAGGCACAACAGUCACAACACAAACUGUUUCCACAACAGCACUAACACAAUCAAUUCCACUCACUACAGAAUCAUCAACUACACCAACACAAAGUACACCAGCUGAGGUUCCUCCACUACAAAGACCAACACAAAUUACAGUUGCAACAACACAAUUGGCUACCUCUGCAGAAGCUGCCCCAUAUGUAACAAUCAAAUCAAUGACUUCUGGAACAUCAGCACUUAGUGGAUUAGUUACAACACAAACUACACAAUCUAUAGAAACAGCUGUCAAAACACAAACUGUAUCGAAAAACGCACCAACACAAUCUAUUCCACCCACAAUAAAGACAUCAGAAACACCAACACAAAUUACAGUUGUAACCACACAAAUUUUAACUCCAACAGAAGCUUUGUCAUCUUUAAUGACCGAAUCAGUGACUUCGCAAACAUCAUUAUCAGCAUCAUCAUCAUCAGCAUCAUCAUCAUUUACAACAAAUCAACCCACAGCAAUGACAACAAUACAAACUACACCCUUUAUGCCAACAGCAUUCAAAACACAAACUCUGUCCAAACCUACGCCAAUACAAUCUGUUUCAUCCACAACAGAAUCACCAACAUCAACAGAAACUACACCAUUUGUGGUUUCACCAACACAAAGAUCAACACAAAUUACAGCUGUAACCACACAAUCAAAACAAGGUACAGCGCCAGUAACAACAGAAUCAGUGACAACACAAACAUCCACACCAGCAUUAUUAACAACAGAACUUUCACCAGUUGCAAAACACACUGCAGAAUCCACAGCAACUCACAGCACAAAACCAACACACAGCGACUCAGUGACUGCAACAACACUAUCUAUGGCAAGAGAAUUAAUAAGUCGUACUAGAGAGUCUGUGGAAACAGUGCUCACUACACCAUUACAAUCUCUUCCACCAUCGUCAACAAAAACCAUACAAACUUCAAUUGUAACCACACAAUCAGCAGCUUCAGCAGAAAGUGUUACAUCUGUAACAGCCAAAUCAGUGACUUCACAAACAUUGGCAUCAUUAAAAACAGAACCCACAUCUGCAAAACAAACUGAAGCUGAAUCAACAGUGAUUCAGAGCACAUCAGCCUUUAGUGGAGUAGCUACAACAUACACUACACCAUCUGUGGGAACAGAAUUCACAACACAAACUGUGUCCACAACAGCUUCAACACAAUCUGUUCCAUCAACUAUAGAAUCAUCAGCAACACCAGCACAGACCACGGUUAUAACCACACAGUCAGCAACCCCAUCUGUAACAACCAAACCAGUGACUUCACAAACAACAUCAGUAUCAUUACAAACAGAACAAACCACAUCUGCAAAACACACCACUGAACUGACAGUAACUACAACAGCACAGCUUACACAAACUCAGUCUAAUCCACUCACAAUAGAAUCGUCAAGUACACCUAUAGAAAGUACAGCAUCUGUGGUUUCCGCAACACAAAGACCAACUCAGAUUACAGCUGUCACCACACAGUCAGCACAAAGUACAGCAUCUGUAACAACAGAAUCUCCCACACAAAGACCAAUGCAAACAUGUGUAACCACACAGUCAUUAACUUCAUUACAGGCAGCGCAAACUUUAACAACCAAAUCAAUGAAUUUACAAACAUCAACAUCUGCAUCACUAACAACAGAACAAACCACAUCUGCAAAACGAACUGCUGUAUCUGCAGUGAUUAACAGUACAUCAACACAUAGUGGAUCAGUGACUACAACACAGACUACGCAAUCUAUGGAAGCAACAUUCACAACACAAAGUGUGUCCACAAAAACACCAACACGAUCUGUCCUGUCCACAAUAGAAUCAUCAACACUAACACAAAAUGCAGCAUCUAUGGUUUCCACACCACAAAGACCAACUCAGAUUACAGUUGCAACCACACAUUUAACAACAGAAGCUGCCCAAAAUGCCACACCUGAAUCAGUGACUUCACAAACAACAACACCAGCGUCAUUAACAACAGAACAACCCAUAUCUGCAAAACAAACUACUAAAUCAACAGCAAUUCACAGCACAUCAACACAAAAUGAAUUAGAUACAACACACAUGACUAAAUCUAUGGCAACAACAGUCACAACACACACUGCUUCCACAAUUGCACUGGCACAAUCUAUAACACCCACAAUAGAAACAUCAACAACACCAAGACAAAGUACAACAUCCAUAGUUUCACCAACACAAAGACCACCACAGAUUACAGUUGUAACCACACAGUCAGCAACUUCAGCAGAGGUUGUGCCAUCCAUAACAGACAAACCAGUAACUACACAAACAUCAACAUCGGUAUUAUUAACAACAGAACAACCCACAUCUGCAAAACAAACUGCUGAGUCCACAGCCAUUAACAGCAUAUCUACAAAUAGUUCGUCAGUGACUACUGCAUCACAAACUACACCAUCCAUGCCAAAAACAUUCACAACACAAAGAAUGUCCACAACAGCAUUGACACAAUCUGUUCUGCCGACAACAGAAACAUCAACCACACCAACACAAAGUACAGAAUCCGUGGUUUCACCAACUCAAAGACCAACACAAACCACAGCUGUAUCCACACAAUCAGAGACCUCAACAGAGGUUGUGCGAUCUACAAUAAACAAAUCAGUGUCUUUGCCAAGAUCAACAUCAGCGUCAUUAACAACAGAACAAACUACAUCUGCAAAACAAACUGCUGAAUCAACAGCAAUUCACAGCACAUCAGCACAUAGUGGAUCAAUGAUUACAAUGUCACAGUCUACACCAUCUCUGAAAACAACAGUCACAACACAAAGUGUGUCCACAACACAGUCAUCAACAGCAACACAAAUUACACCAUUUAUGGUUUCACUGACACAAAGACCAAGACAAAUUACAGUUAUAAGCACACAAUCAGCACAAAAUACAGCAUCUGUAACAGAAUCAGCCGUAUCACAAACAUCAGCAUCACUAACAACACAACAACUCACAGCUGCCAAACAUACUACUGAAUUAACAGGAAUUCACAGCACAUCAACACGAACUGAAUCAGUGACUACAACAAAAUCACCAUUUAUGGAAACUGAAUUGACAACACAAACUGGAGGAUCUUUGAAAACAACGCCAACAACUACACCAACACAAUCUAUUCGACUCACAAUAGUACCAUCAACACCAACACAAAUUACAGUUAUAGCUACACAACCAGCAACUUUAGCAGAAGGCUCACCAUCAGUCAAAACCAAAUCAGUGACUUUGUCAACAUCAGCAUCAUUAAUAACAGAACAACUCACAACCACAAAACCAACAGCUGAAUCUAGAGCAUUUCCCAGCACAGCAACGCAUAAUGGUUCAGUGAUUACAACAAAAACUAUACCAUCAACAGAAACAACACAAUCAAUAGCAAAGUCAUCUAAAAGUACAAUAUCCAUGGUUUCACCAAUACAAAGACCAACAAAAAUUACAGCUGUGACCACACAACCAACACAAAGUACAGCAUCUGUACUAACAGAAAAAGUGACUUCACAAACAUCCGCAUCAUUAAUAACAAAACCUACAUCUGCAAAACAAACUGCUGAAUCAACAGCCAUUAAAAGCAGAUCAACACACAGUGGAUCAUUGACUACAGUAACACAAACUACACCACCUAUGCCAACAACAGCCACAACACAACAUGUUUCCUCAUACGUACCAACACAAUCUAUUCCACCCACAGUAGAAUCAUCAACAACACCAACCAAAAGUACUGCAUCACACGUUUCACUAACACAAAGACUAACCCCUAUUACAGUUGUAACCACACAAUCAAUAACUUCAGCAGAGGCUGCACCAUCCGUAACAAUCAUAUCAGUGAUUUCAGAGACAUUAACAUCAGCAUUAUUAACAACGGAGCAGCCCACAUCUGCAAAACAAACAACAGAGUCAAAAGCAAUUACCAGCACAACAAAAGUGGUGGAUAGUGGAUCAGCUACAACAACAACAACACAAAGUGGACCAGUAACUACAACACCACAAACUGCACAAUCUAGGGAAACAGAAUUCACAAAACAAACUGUUUCAACAACAGCAACACCAUCUAAUCCACUCACAGUAAAAUCAUCAUCACAAAAUACAGUUGUAACCACACAAUCAGCAGAGGCUAUGCCUUCACAAACAUUGGUAUUAUUAACAACAGAACAAACUGCAAAGCAAAUGACUGAAUCAACAGCAAUUCACAGCACAUCAACACAUAGUGGAUCAAUGACUGCAACAACACAAACUACAUCAUCUAUGCCAACAUCAUUCACAUUACCAAAUUUGUCCAGAAUUACAAAAACACAAAGACCAACACAGAUUACAGUUGAAACCACACAAUUAGCAACUUCAGUGGAGGCGUCACCAUCUGUAACAACAAAAUCAGUAACUUCACAAACAUCACCAUCAUUAACAACAAAACAACCCACAGCAAUGACUACAACAAUACAAACUACAUCAUCUAUGCCAACAGCAUUUACAACAAAAACUCCGUCCACACCUGCACUGACACAGUCUGCUCCAUCUACAAUAGAAUCAUCAACAACUGCAACAACAGAAUCAGCCACUUCACAAACAUUGACACCAGCGUCAUUGACAACAGAACAGCCCACAGCUGCCAAACCUACUGCUAAAUCAAUAGGAUCAACGACUACAACACAAACUACACAAUCUAUAAGAACAACAGUCACAACACAAACUGUUUCCACAACCGCACUGACACAGUCUAUUCCAUCCACUACAGAAUCAUCAUCAACACCAACACAAAGUACACCAUCUGUGGUUUCAACAGCUCAAAGACUAACACAAACCACAGCUGUAACCACACAAUUAGUAACUUCAGCACAAGCUGCACCAUCUGUAACAACAGAAUCAAUGACUUCACAUACACCAAGAUCAGCAUCACUGACAACAAAACAAACCACAUCUGCAAAACAAACUGCUGAAUCAACAACAAUUAACAACAUAUCAACACAUGGUGGAUCAGUGGCUACAACACAAACUACACCAUCCACGGAAACACCAUUAGCAACACAAACGGUUUCCACAACAAUAGCGACACAAACUCCUUUACUUGGAAUAGAAUCACCAACAACACCAUCACAAAAUAAAGCAUCUGUGGUUUCACUAACACAAAGACCAACCCAGACUACAGUUGUAGCCACACAAUCGGCAACCUCAGCAGAGGCUGCGUCAUCUGCAACAACAGCAACACAUACUACACCAUCAAUGAGAACAGAAUUCACAACACAAACUGUGGCUACAACCGCUUCAACACAGUCUAUUCCAUCAACUGUAACCACACAAUCAGCAACCCCAUCUGUAACAACCAAACCACUGACUUCACAAACAACAUUUUUAACAACAAAACAACCCACAGCUGCACAACACACUGCUGAAUCAACAGCAAUUCACAGCACAUCAACACAUAUUGGAUCAAUGACUACUGCAACACAAUCUACACCGUCUAUGCCAACAGCCACAACACAAACUGUGUCUACAAUCCUUCUGACACUAUCUGUUCCCCUCACAACAGAACCGCCACCAUCAACACAAACUACACCAUUAAUGGUUUCACCAACACAAAGACCAACACAAAUUACAUCUACACAGAUGGCAGUGCCUUUGACUACAGCAUCCACAACACAAGCAACUCAAUCCAUAUCAUCUACAAUAGCAACACAACCAAAACCUAAAAAAAAAAGAUUCACAUCCAUAAAUGCUGUUGCUUCGACAACAAAUGAACAAGACAAUGCAGUAACCAUUGCAACCGAAUCAAAUGCAACACCAGUACAAACCACUUCUUCUGUAAUGACACUGCCACAAACUACAGUGAAGCAAACAACAGUCAGAGGAAUGACACAGAUUACAACUGUCAACACAGAGUCAGCAACUCCACGACAACGUUCAACAUAUGCAACAACAGAUUCAUUAAUGCCAGCAACACGUAUCUUAGCAACAUUAACCACAGUACUGCCUACAGCUUCAACACAAAGCUCUAGAUCAACAACAGUUCACAGAGCAACACCUCGGCAAUCACUCUCUACUCAAUUACAAAAAGCAUCUUCACAAACUUUGUUCACUGAAACUACAAAAGUGCUAUAUUCGCCAACCACAGGAUCACCCAAAACACUGACACAAACUAGGCCAUCCUUGGAAACACCACUAGAAAGAUCAACAGAAACUACAGAAGCUCCACCAACAACAAAAGCAAUUCACACAACUCUGAUACACAGUGAAGAAACAUCUGUGCCAACACACACAACAGAUGAUGUCACAACAGCAAUACAAGGUACAACAUUAAAGGCAACUGAAUCCACAGCUAACGGGUUACCUUCUCCAGCAGCAACAGAGACUACCUCUUUGUCGACAUACAUGCCAACACUUUCGACAGUGGAACCAACUCAAUCUAAAGCAUCCAUGACAGCUUUUAGAGAGACUCCCCAGCAACCAAGAACAAGUGUGGAAACAACCUUGAUGCCUGUAUCAACAGAUGGGUCACCUACCCAAAGUCCAGGAAUUAAUACUGCCAGAAAACAUUCGAACAGCUCUUUAACUGCUGCACCAAUAAACAUGUCAACUGCUGCCCCUGCAACUGUGCCAUCAAGCCAUAUGCCAUCACCUGCGCUUGUGUCUCAAACCACAUCUUUCAACUCUCAAAAAACUGUGACAGCAAUGGAAAAUGUUGCAACAGGCUCGAGUUCUCUUCAGCCUUUGUCAUUUUCCUUAAAUGCAUCAACCCUUACUCCUGCCAAAGCCAAAACAACACACCAGCAAAUUGAUCCUAGUUCUUCUCCUUUAACUAGGGGGAAAACAGUGUUUUUUAAAUACAGCCCCAAAAUUGCUGCUGUAAGGCCCCUUGCCUUUGAUUACCCAACUGUGAUCUGGACCACAUACCCAGUUUCAAAUGCCAAAACUGACUCUGAGGUGCAACUCAAGCCAGAUCAGAACAACAAAAGUGAGAUUUCAACGUCGUUACCAGAGGUGUGAAUAAGACACUGAAGGAGUGAAAUUUUUAUUCUAAAUCUGACUGUUGACGAUCCUAGACCUACCAUCAGUUUCUCACCCUGGAUGUUAGUUUUCUUAGCUGGCCAUUGACUAUGUGCAGACAACUGUUAUGUAGCUUAACUAGUGGCUGUGAAGAAGAAAGUGUGCAGCCACAAAUAGAUAUAUCACUCAGCUUAGCGAUGGAUGGUUACAACAAUGUCUGUUAAUGUAAAGCAGGCACUGAAAGAUGUCCAUAGAGUUUCUUUCUACAAGUCUGUACUGGUUUGGCCAGUUACACCCACAUAUCUCUUCUGUCUGUGUCCUUUUCAAAGAACGUCUUACUUUUAGAAAUACUUUUCUAAAAAAUCUUGAAACAAAGAUUUUUUUGGGUUGUUUUAAAAUGUAUUUUAUUUGAAUUUGUUUGUUUUUGUUUGUUACUUUUAUAUUGAGUUGUGAUAUUUUUGAGGCCCACUGGGAUUUCUUAGUUGACUUGGAAAAUUUAUUGAUUCUUCUGUUCUUUCUGUAUAUAAAAUGCUAUCCAUGGUUCUAAACUAACCAUAGAGGAGAUUUGCCUUUGUCUGUGUUACUUAAUUAUUAGAUUUGAUGUGACCUGAGUUUUCCUACAUUUCUGGUUUUGUUUAGUUCUGAUGUCUUGGUGACCUUUUGUGAUCUUAUACACCUGAAGAAUUUGUGCUUAUUUUUCUUUCUGUGUUCUUACUAUUAUUUUUUAAAUUGGGACACUGCUAUUAUUUACACUUUAAAUAAACCACUUAUUCAUGCCUAUAAA